AUGGUCAAUAAAUUUCUUAUUUUAAAUAUUAUUUUACUAUUAACUGGAGUUUUAUCACAAGAUUCAUUAAGAUUAUUAAAUGAAUCUUUACAAUUAGUUGAUGAGGCUGUUAAUACAAAUGAUACAUUCAUUGAUACCAGUAAUGAUACAUCAUCACAUCAAAGUUUAAACAUAGACAAAAUAAAGAUCAAGAAUAAAUUUGAUAAUGAAAAUAAAAACAAGACAACAAUUAAAACUGAGAUUGAAAAUAAAGCAGAUAACUCUUUAACAAAUCUCGAAAGUAACUCUGAAAAUAAUAACACCAAUAUUAUUAUACCUUUCCAAAAUAAUAUCUUUAAGUUAAUUGAUCAUCUUAAUAUUCAUAUUGGGAAAAUUACUUUUGGAGGACUUAAGAACGUUAUUAGUGGGAAAUAUGUAGUAAACCCAUUUAUUAAUACUAAAAAAGAUGUUACUUUCUCCGACCAAAACGUUAUCAGUGGUUAUGAAGAUGUAUCUACAUCUUCUUCCAACUUUACUACUGAACCACAACUAAUAUCACUACCAUUAUCUAAUGAUUCCGAUAUUACUAUUUUGCCUACAGAAGUUUUGAUCCCAGAAUACGAAGAAUCUUCUAAACCUGCUCAUGUAAGAGGAGCUUUAAGCAGCCCAAGAACACCACCAAGUCCUUCUUUUUCUCCUUUAGAAACUUCUGCAAGUUCAGCUAUCAUUAUUACUGAGGAAAAUAACUAUGGUCAGAAUUUACCCGAAAAACAGACUGCUGCUGAACAAGGCUUUGAUGAAGAAAAUAUUUAUAAAUCAAAACACCAUCCUCAUCCUCAUCAUCAUCAUCCUCCUCCCCAUCAUUCUCCUCCACAUCAUCCUCCUCCCCAUCAUACUCCUCCCCAUCAUCCUCCUCCACAUCAUCCUCAUCAUUAUCCUCCCCAUAAUCACCACCACCAUCACCACCAUCCACACUACCCACCAAUUAAAGAUGACAACUCUACUACGACAUCAACUUCCACUGCCUCAACUUCUUCAACAUCAACUUCCUCGACAUCAACUUCCUCGACAUCAACUUCCUCGACAUCAACUUCCUCAACAUCAACUUCCUCAACUUCAACUUCAACUUCAACUUCUACUGUCUCAACUUCCUCAACCUCAACUUCCUCCACUACAUCUACUUCGACUAUUUCAAUGGCCGGAGAAAAUGUAGCUAAAUUAACUGGAGAGAAGAGUAAUCUAAGAGGAUUGUAA